AUGCUCUCGUUGCAGAGCGAGCCGCGGCAGUACAAUUUGAAUCUGCGCCAGAUGCAGCAGGUUGCUAGGGUUCCGUACAAUGUCGUCGCAGCUGAUCACCACCGAAAGGACUCGUCCUCGGCCAUGGCAGAUGGAAAUAUUAAGCCCGAGGUUUCUUCUGAAGUUGACGAGGACAUCCUCUUGAAUCUUGCUCAUCAACACUACAAAUCGGGGAACUAUAAGCAGGCACUAGCACAUAGCAAGAAUGUUUAUGAGAGAGAUCCACGUCGCACUGAUAACCUUCUUUUGUUGGGUGCAAUUUAUUUUCAGUUACGUGAUUUUGAUAUGUGCAUCACAAAGAACGAAGAAGCUCUCCAAAUUAAUCCAAAUUUUGCUGAGUGCUAUGGAAAUAUGGCCAAUGCUUGGAAGGAGAAAGGCAAUAGUGAUGUUGCAAUUCGCUAUUACUUGAUUGCUAUUGAGCUUCGCCCUAAUUUUUCUGAUGCAUGGUCAAACUUAGCUAGUGCUUACAUGCGGAAAGGAAGGCUUAAUGAGGCAGCUCAAUGUUGCCGUCAGGCUCUUGAGUUGAAUCCUUCUUUGGUUGACGCUCAUAGUAACCUUGGAAAUUUGAUGAAAGUUCAAGGAUUAAUGCAAGAUGCAUACAAUUGCUAUAUCGAGGCUCUUCGCAUACAACCUACUUUUGCCGUUGCAUGGUCCAAUCUUGCUGGCCUUUUCAUGGAUGCAGGUGAUCUUAACAAGGCUCUCCAGUACUACAAGGAAGCAGUCAAGUUGGAACCUAACUUCUCAGAUGCCUAUCUGAAUUUGGGAAAUGUUUACAAGGCUUUGGGAAUGCCUCAAGAGGCUAUUGUUUGUUAUCAACGUGCUCUGCAAUCACGACCCGACUAUGCUAUGGCUUUUGGCAACUUGGCUACUAUUGCUUGUGAUGCUGGAUUUUUGGAGGCAUACAAUAACCUGGGUAAUGCAUUGAAAGACGCUGGAAGAGUUGAGGAAGCAAUCAACUGCUAUCGCCAAUGCUUGUUUCUUCAACCUAGUCAUCCUCAAGCACUCACCAAUCUUGGAAAUAUUUAUAUGGAGUGGAACAUGAUGAAUGCUGCUGCUCAAUGCUACAAGGCAACUUUAUCUGUUACGACAGGGCUUUCUGCUCCUUUUAGUAACUUAGCUAUAAUAUACAAACAACAGGGUAAUUAUGGGGAUGCUAUAUCUUGCUAUAAUGAGGUCCUCAGAAUUGAUCCAAUGGCAGCAGACGGUCUUGUUAAUCGGGGUAACACUUACAAGGAAAUUGGAAGAGUUAAUGAGGCAAUUCAAGACUAUGUACAUGCUAUUGCCAUCCGGCCAACCAUGGCCGAGGCACAUGCAAAUUUGGCUUCGGCUUACAAGGACAGCGGUCUUGUGGAGGCAGCCAUUAAAAGCUAUAAUCAUGCAUUGAUGCUGCGCCCUGAAUUUCCAGAAGCAACCUGUAACCUUCUUCACACUUUACAGUGUGUUUGCAACUGGGAUGAUCGGGAGAAGAUGUUUAUUGAAGUUGAAGGCAUACUUCGGAGACAGAUAAAGAUGUCAGUUAUCCCAAUAAUAGCAUCCCGUUAUUCACUUCCUCCUUUUAAGCAUCCCCCUCCAUUACGGAUAAAGGGUGGUGGGGGCAGGAAUGACCGGUUAAGGAUUGGAUACGUGAGCAGUGACUUUGGUAACCACCCCUUAUCACACCUCAUGGGCUCAAUAUUUGGCAUGCAUGACAGAGGAAAUGUUGAGGUUUUCUGCUAUGCUUUAAGUCCAAAUGAUGGUACUGAAUGGAGGCUCCGAAUCCAGUCAGAAGCUGAGCACUUUUUAGACGUGUCAUCUAUGUCAUCUGAUAUGAUUGCAAGGUUGAUUAAUGAGGAUCAAAUACAAAUUCUUAUUAACCUAAAUGGUUACACUAAGGGGGCAAGAAAUGAAAUAUUUGCAAUGCAACCUGCUCCAAUUCAGGUUUCAUAUAUGGGAUUUCCUGGAACCACAGGGGCAACCUACAUACAUUAUUUGGUCACUGAUGAGUUUGUUUCGCCUAUGCAGUACUCCAAUAUAUAUUCUGAGAAGCUUGUUCAUCUUCCACAUUGCUAUUUUGUAAAUGAUUAUAAACAGAAAAAUCAAGAUGUACUAGACCCAAAUUGCCAACAUAAGCGAUCAGAUUAUGGACUGCCAGAGGACAAAUUUAUAUUUGCUUGUUUCAAUCAGCUUUACAAGAUGGACCCUGAGAUAUUUAUUACCUGGUGCAACAUUCUUAAACGUGUGCCAAAUAGUGCACUUUGGCUUCUUAGAUUUCCAGCUGCAGGGGAGAUGAGGCUUCGUGCAUAUGCUGCUGCACAGGGUGUGCAACCGAACCAAAUAAUUUUCACUGAUGUAGCAAUGAAACAGGAGCACAUCCGACGUAGUGCAUUAGCAGACCUCUUUCUUGACACGCCCCUAUGCAAUGCACAUACCACUGGAACGGAUAUUUUAUGGGCCGGCCUGCCAAUGGUUACCCUUCCCCUCGAGAAAAUGGCAACCAGAGUUGCUGGUUCACUGUGUUUGGCUACAGGAGUUGGGGAAGAGAUGAUUGCCAGUAGUAUGAAAGAUUAUGAAGAGAAGGCAGUAUCACUGGCUCUGAAUCGCACUAAACUCCAGGAUCUUACUAACAGGCUUAAGUCCGCACGUUUAACAUGCCCUCUAUUUGAUACAGCACGCUGGGUGAGGAAUUUGGAGCGUUCUUAUUUCAAGAUGUGGAAUCUCUACUGCUCCAGUCAACAUCCCCAGCCCUUCAAAGUGACUGAGAGUGACUCGGAAUUUCCAUACGACAGGUAG